AUGAACGGCCUACUCAGCUUUCUCCACCCUGACGCUGUGAGCAAUUCCAUCUUCAACACUUGGGUCGAUGCUCACCUUGAUGUUCACGCCGAUGAAAAUUUCGCGAGAGCAUUUACCGUCCUGAUGGUUGCGGUACAAUUGGCAGCAUACCGCUUCAUCCGACACUACGUGAAGUCGUCCCAGGAACAGGACAAAUGA